AUGCCUAUUCAUUCGCACAGCGGUCAUUUCUACACUGAAGACCUGGAGCAGGUCCGGAGGGAGCUCCUGGCCGAGGGGCACUGCCCGAAGGUGGUCAUGCGAAGCCUGAGCGAGUGGCGGUGCCUGCGGCUGAGGGUGCGGGGCGGCGAGGACUGCGUCAUCUCCGCCUUCCACGAAGACCUGGAUGUGCUGCAGGCCUGGAUGGGGCGGCUGGGGCUCCCCUAUUGCGGGCAGCGUCUGGCGGGCGCCGCGAGCGAGGUCUUCCUUCACCUUCUCAAGGCCCGCCGCGAUCCGCCCGGAUCUCGGCAAGCCCUGCUCGCGGAGCAGGACCACCAGUGCAAGCUCUGCGCGGCCCCCAUCACCGCAACCACGUGCGAGUUGGACCACAUCGUCCCCGUGCACCAGUCCUUCGCCGCACAGGCCCAGAACCUCCAGGCACUGUGCCUCGAGUGCCACCGGAACAAAACGGCCCUGGAGUCCUCGCACGCCACGACACUGGAGUCGCGCUUCAGCCGGCGGGCUUACGAGCAGUACGUGGAAUCGCCUCGACUCCCGCCGCUCGUCUUCAAGCUCAACAGCCACAAGCCGGACCACAUCUGCCACGGUAUAGACGUGGUGCGGUGCCGCAAGAACGGUCUGGCCCAUGCCAAGUUCCCGGCGCCCAUCUUCUGCCCCAAGGACAACGUUGAGCAAGCCCGCGAAGGGCACCUGGCGGACCUGACCUACGUGAGGCUCCGGGAGGACGGGCGUUGGGCGGCGUUCAAGCAGCUCCCCUACGUGGGCCAGGGCUGGUACGCCAAGCCUGCGGUGGCCUACAUGCUGGAAAAGGGCCUUGCGACAUGGAGCGACUUCGUGUACAGCCUGGACGCCACGGCGCACGUGGACCAGGAGUCCGUGGCCCAGGCCCUGCAGAAAAUGGAGGCGGCUUGGCCGGAGGGAGAGGAGCACUACGCGAAGCUGUCGGUGAAUGCCCUAAUCGGGCUGUGGGCACGCAACAUGAACCUCAUCUACACCAUGCGCACCAGCAACCACCAGUUCGACGGGUCCGGGUGCCAGCACCGGGAGCUGUUCCUGGACGCCGCGGGCGGGAUGCACUGGGAUCACAUCUACGUGACCCAGUUGUUGUCCAACCGGAGCUGCCGGCCUGUGCACGACUUCGUGAUGGCCUCGGAGUACGUCGCCGUCUCCAGAAUCCGGGAUGCACUCGCAACCGUGCCGUCGAGGUACCUGAAGGCCGUCAAAACGGACUGCGUCGUCUUCCAGGACCUGCCCAAAAAGUUCCAGGGCCUUGUGGACAGCCUGGUCCGCGAAAGGCAUCCCGACGGCACGCCCGUGUACCGAUGCGAGGAGGUCAAGGGCCUCGAAGGCCAGUAUCGGAUCCCCCGAAUCGAGGCGGAGUGGAUGUGCAACAUUGACGCCUGGAAGGUCGCGGAGGACCCUGUGCUCCACUGCCUCGAGGGCGGGAGCCUGCUGCUGACCGGCUACCCGGGCACCGGGAAGACCCACCUGGCGCGCCAGAUCGUGACCGCCCUCCGGGAAGAAGGGUACAAGGUGAAGAUCAUCACGAAGACCCACUCCUCCGUGCAGAACUUUGGCAUGCAGGCGGAGACGGCCGACCACUGGGUGCGGAGCACCGUCCGGAACGGCUACUGCAACAUCGACUGGCUGGUGGUGGAGGAGAUUACGCAGCUCGACACGGGGCUGUGGAACGACAUCGCCUGCGUCUCCAUGAACCGCAAAGUCAAGUUCCUGCUGCUUGGCGACUUCCGCCAGUUCCCCGCCGUCAUGGACAACUUCGCAGGCACCCCGGUGCAGCGGGAGCUCAAGCACUGCCAGCUGCUCCACGACCUCACCGACGGCUGGCACCACGAGCUCACCGAGAACAGGAGGAGCGACCCGGGCAUCUUCGACUUCCUCCGGUGGCUCCGGGUCGACGAGCCCCGGGAGCAGUCCCUGCCGGAAGCGGUCCGGGCGGCCCGGGAAAGGUUUCCGCGGCAAGGCGAGCCCGAUGUCAGCCUGGUCAUCUCCCACGCCCACCGCAUCAGGAUCAAUGCGCGGGACAACCGUCGCCUGGCCCCGCCGGAAGCUGUGACGAUCGAGUACACCGGCACUGGCCCGACGACCACCAACAUGCCGCAGACCAUGCGGGUCUGGCCCGGCCUGAAGCUCAUCGGCGUCGGCGGCCGCGUGACCAAAGGCAUCUACGUGCAUGUGGCCGAAGUGGGUCCCGAGAAGAUCGUCUUGGACGGCGGCGACUCCUUCACCCACGCCGCCCUCCUGAAACACACCCGGCUGUGCCACGCCAUCACCUACGCCUCGUGUCAAGGCCUGACGCUCGAAGGGCGGGUUUUCCUAUGCGACACCGAGAGUCCACACUUCACCCUCAAGCACCUCUAUGUGGGGAGCAGCAGGGCCACCAGCAGCGAGCUCCUGAGCGUGCUCUAG